AUUGUUUUGAUUCUCACUUGGACACCCUUCAAUCAUUUAAGAAUGAAGAUGAGAAGAAUAUGCCGCUAGUCUUGCCUGAAAAGUUAGAGGAAAUGAAAAGAAGAUUUAGUAAUAUUUGUUUCACAAACUCCAACACCUUUCUCGAAUACCACUAUGGACUGUGCUCAGCUAUUGCCAAUGAGGUGAUGUUCAAGCUAAAUAUCUGGGACAUGAAAUAUGGGACAAAAGAAUCUGUGGAAUCACUGCUGGAAAAUUGGAAUAAUUUCAUUGAAGAAAAGAGACUUGAAACAGUACUAGAAGCUGCUACUCGCAUCUGUGAAGAUUUGAAAAACAAAAACAUAAGCAAUCCUGACUUAGCUGGAGAUCCUCAAGAAAUUAGCAAACUUUUAAAGGCAGCGGAGUCAAAGAUUUCAAUGUGCAGACACUACAUUUCCAAUGUAAAUACCAUCCUACAGAAAGUCCUGUCUUCCUGGAGUAGUUAUACAGAAAACAUCCACUUACUAAAGACGUGGCUGGAAGAAAAACGAAAUGAGCAUCCCAAAGAGAUCCCUGCUGAGAUCCUGGCAAAGUGGAAUUCAGUACAUGGUACCUUAAAUGAAGCCGGAAACUAUCUCAUCGAAGUCAGCAAAGAGCAAGUUGGAUCAAAUAUUGCCAAAGAGAUGAAGAAACUGAACAGGAGAUGGGCUAAGUUCAUCAAGCGGACACAUUUUCUUGGUGAAGAGAGCACAGAUGCUGCUGAAAAAAACAUGGAGCUUCCGGGGAGCCUGGAGAAAAUUGAAGAGCUCCUUGGAGGGGUGGAGAGCUGGGCAGCAGAGAUUGGAUGCCUGCUUGGCAAGAUCGGUCAGGAGAGGCCUGUGCAACCUGAAGUGGAGGAACAUUUGCAGGGCUUGGCUGCAAGGGGAACCUCAUGCCAAGAACAAGUUGUGGCAGCAGAAGAGAUAUUGCAAUCCCUGACGCAAAAUGUUUCAAGUCAGAUGUCCCAACAGCAUUCUUACACCACUGGGCUGCAGGCACGAAUUAAAGAAGCCAGAGACAAAAUAGAGGCUGUCAUGGGUGACGUGAACAACAUCUUGUCCAAAUCUGAGAAGAGACCCUCAGAGAGGGAAGCUUUGCUCAAUUUUGAAGAAUCCCAGAAAGAACUUGAGGCCUCCAUUUCAAAGGCUAUGCAACUCGUCAGUCAAAAAUUAAGUCCUGAAGAAUGUAUUACAAGAUACAAGGAAGCUUUUAAUACUCUGGACAAUGAAGUUCUUGACAAAUUUUUGAAAGCAGCUGAACAAUUGAAAAAUAUUUCAUCUGAUCAUGAAAAGCUGGUAGUUGAAGAAAAGAGUACAGAUGUUCGUAAAAGAUGGGAGGCAGUUCAUAAUGAAAUUAUAUCCUGUGUCCAGCUUAUAAUAGAAAGGGAAAAAAAGAAUUUUAACGCAACUUUAAAAAAAAUCAAUAAGCAAUUAGGCAAAGAGAAGAAACUCCUAAGUAUGGAUAAAACCAAAGGACUCAUCAAAGAACAUGAGGCCUUUUUUUCACAAGAAGGCAGCCUGAGGGAACUUAACAAGUCAUUAGAAGACCUUAAACUAUUGGGAAGACUAUCAGAAGAGAGUGUCCCAGGCAUACAGACACUGACUACAGACUGUGAACAAAAGCUAGAAAAGCUUAAACAAAAUGUGGAAGAUACUUACACGGCCCUGCUGUCUCGUGCUGGAAAAGGACAAUCAUCUAAGAAAGAGAACUCCAUUGUUGCUUCUGAGAAUGGAGAAAAGCCCAGUUCUUCUCAACAAAUUGAUGUCUUUAUGGUACAGGAGACCUCAAGACCUGCUGCAGAUGUAGUUUUGGAACCAGAUGUGAAACAUCACAACGGAGAAAGCUGUGCAAAGAAAUUUGAGGAAGGCAGUGAUUUGCCCAUACCAGCUUUAUUAGAGAGCUAUAAUACGCAAGGAAAUAACCUGGAGGAACUUUUACAAAUCAGCAGAGAUAAAGUAGCAUCUGGCUUUACUGAUGAAAUAAAAGGCACUUCAUGCCUUCAGAAUAAGCUGCUUGAACUACAGGUGAUAGAAAGUGAAACCAAUUCUGGUUGGACACAAUUGGAAAACAUCUCAUCUACCUUAGAAAAUCUUGUGGAUGAAGUGCAGCAGGCUGCUAUCUCUCAUAAGAGAAGCCAACUAAAAGGAGAAUGGAAAGAGCUUCAGGACAUUAUAAAUACCAGAACAAACUCUUUAAGGACUGCUUUGGAAAUUGUUUUGCCAAUAGAAAAUGAAUCCAAUCUUCUAUGUGAAUUAGAUCAGCGGCUGAAGAAAAAGGACAUCCAGCAGUUUAAUCUGAUGAACAGUGAUAUUGCUUAUAGGGAACUAAAGGAGCUACAGAGAUCCAUAUUAAAUCAGAUUGAAGUGUGCAAACAAUUGGACCACCUUGAUAGUUCAGCAAGAGAUGAAUUUAAUCCAAUAGACCUGCAAGCUGCAAGUAAAAUUAUGAUUUACUAUCAAAACCAGCUUGAAGAAAUGAGCCAUAAAAUGCAGAUCCGUGAGACAGUCCUUAAAGAUCUGGAAGCUUUUAUGGCCUCAUUGAGGAAGAUUCAGUCUUCCAUCAAAUGCCUCAAAGAUCCCUCAGGUCAACCUGAAAUACAAGGAAAAGCUUUGAGAGAGGUUGCACAAGAAGUUUCUCAUAUGGCAGAAGAGGCUAAGUGUUUGGAUGAACGCUUGAAAACAGUUGAUAUCUGUUUGGAAGAUGCUGAAUGUGGGAGAGAGACUUGCUAUGAAAACCUUGUUCUGACUUUAUCUGAAGAGCUAAAUGCGAUUUAUGAUCCCUCAAGUGAACAGAUGCUUACAGAGGAAGAAGACUUAUACAAGAUUUUUUCCACAAAAAAUGGUGAACUCCUUAAAAACAUUCAGGAUCUACGUGACAGAAUUAACAAAAUAGGUUUGAAGGAUCCAACGAUUCCAGCUAUUCAACAAAGGGUAAAAUCAUUAACAGAACUGGAAAAGGAAUUGGAUUGUGCUGCUGUUGAAAUGAAACCUAUGCGAGAAAUUGCUAAUAAGCUCCCACAGAUCAAAGAGGAAAAAGCAGAGGAAGCAAAUGAACAGUGCAGAGUUACAGAGAGGUUAUGGGAGGAUACAAAACUCUUGCUUGCUGAAUGCCAGGAGCAGUGUGCAAGGGCUCUGGACCUCCUGAAGCAAUAUCAAAGCUGCAAAGCUAGUCUGACCAGCAUCAUCCAGAAACAGGAGAUUGUGCUUUCACAGCAAACUUCUUACAUGGGGAAGGAGAAUCUGAAUAGACUAAUAACAAAGAUUGAAGAGGCAAAAGAGGAAUUUAAUGAUCACUCUGAAGAUGUAGACAAAAUAAAUCAGAUCUGCAAAAACCUUCAAUUCCAGCUCAAUAAAAUGAGAAGCUUUGAGGAGCCCCCGUUCGAGAAUGAGGCUAACAUUAUUGUGGACAGAUGGCUGGAUAUCAAUGAAAAGACCGAAAACUACUGUGAUAAUUUGGGAAGAGCUCAGGCUCUGUGGGACAAACUUCUUAGUUUAUCUGGCACAAUCAGCGCUUGGGCACACGCAGAACUUGAGAAUGCAGAAGACCGUUGUCUGACUGAAGAGGACCUUACGCAGUUGAAGGCAUGCUUAAAAGUCCAAGAGCAGAAACUGCAGAAAUUUGACAACACGGUGGCUGAGAUAGAAGAACUUCUGAAUAGUAAUGAACCUCCACUGGAGCUACAGGUCAUCAGAUCAUCUGUUGUGCAAAAAAUGGAGCUAAUCAAAGAGCUCUUGUCAGCAAAGCGGGGGACCAGUGAACUCGGCGUGAAUACAGCAGAACUAAAAGGAGACCUUGAUCUGGCCAAGACACAAAUUGGAAUGACUGAAUCGCUUUUAAAAGCUUUGUCUCCUUCUGAUACCUUAGAGAUCUUCACUAAAUUAGAGGAGAUACACCAGAAAAUUCUGCAACAAAAGCACCAUGUGACAUUACUCCAAGAAGAGACAGAUUGUCCUGAUGUGGAUGAAUUAAAUAAGCAGCUUCAAUGUGUCACUGAUUUAUUUAAUAAGAAGAAACAUGUGUUUCAAGAUCACUUUAUCGGAGUUUUGAACCGCCAGUGCAAGAAUUUUAAUGAUUGGUUCAGCAGCACUCAGCUCUCUUUGAAGGACUGCUUUGACCCCUCAGAAACAAAAACGAUACUGGAAGAAAGACUGCAGAGGCUAAAGCGAUUCCUAACAUCUGAAGGCAAAGACCGAGAUAUCCAAGAGGUUAAAACUUUAUUGAAUAAAGUGAAGCAUUACUUGCCCAAAGCAAGCAUUAACCACCUUAACAGCCAUGUGAGAGAUCAAGAAGCAGAACUCCAAAGAUUGAUCUCCAAAUGUCAGAAACGGGAAAAGGAACUUGAUGCUUCUCUCCAGCAGCUCAGUAGCCUUGAAGAAAGCAGCACAGUCUUGGAAGAAUGGCUCACUGCUCAGGAAGCAAAACUAGAAGAGAUCAAAAAAGAUGAGACAAAACUUGAAAACUUCCAUAAAACACUAUUAAUGCAGAGAAAACCAUUUGACUCCAUAGCUCAGCUAGCAAAUUCCUUGAGGGAGGCUCAGUUGACAGAAGAUGAAACCGUUUCAGAAGCCAGUGAUCUUAUUAGCAGAUACCAAACACUGCUAACACAUGUAAGUGGAAUGGCAGGGAAUACUGAGAGACUUCCAGUGGAAGGACAAAAUUUUGAAGAACUUGCUCAGGAUGUUGCUUGCUGGAUCAAAAAGCUCGAGGGGGCUGUUAACCUGUGUUCACAGCAAAGUGAGCUGCCAUCAGACGAAAGGAUUAAUCAGAUAAAGGAAAUCACAGCUCUCAAAGAUGCAGGAGAGGCCAAAAUACAGAAGAUGGCAGCUCUAGGAGAAACUUUAAUGAGAAAUGAGAAACAGAAGUCAGCGAUUCAGGAGACUAUUUCUGAGCUCCAGAAGCAGUGGGAAAGUACCUGUCAGUUAGCUGCUGAAUAUAGCAGCCCCCAGGAGCAACAUCAGCUCAACAAGGAGCAAUACGAGCAAAUCAAGGAAGAUCUGAGACUGGCUCUAACUGAACUGGAGAAACAGCAACAGGAAACAGGUUUUGCCCUUCAGCCUGGUUUGCAGGAGAAGCAAGCUCAGCUGACAAACUAUGCUGACCUCUUGCAGAAAGCAGAAGGCUUAACUUCCCGAUUUAAGGAAUUGAAAAGCUGGGAAGAUCACCUACAGGGUCACACUGGGGAUCCCUGCUUCACAGAGGUAGAAUGGUUGGAAUUAAAACACCAGCAUGAAAAUCUGCUCAGCCAGCUACAGACCAUAGUGCGGACAUUGGAAAGUCACGUUCAAGAGCACCAGCAGUUUCAGGAUAUGGUAGCAGGCCUGAGCACUGAGCUGAAAACUGUCUCUGAGAAGCUUGCUGAUUGUGAAGGUUCAGCAAUGCAACAAUCAUCAGCUGAGCAAAACCAGUUGCAAUCACAGGAACAGCAAGCACCUCUUAGUCGAUGCGAAGACACGUUAAAGAAGAUUUUGGUUUUAGCAGAAGCUGUUAAACAAAACACCUCUUCACCAGGACAGAAGUUUAUUAAGGAAGAGAUAGAAACACUUCAGAGUGAACACAGGAGUCUGGAAGAAAGACUUGAAAAUGUCAAGCGAAAGGAGGAAAAUAUUUUCAGUAAAGCCCUUGAGUUAAAAGAUGAGCUUGGUAAUGAAAUACAAAUGGAAGAUAAGGCAGAUACAAUGCUGGAGAGAGAGAGACGAAUCACUGCUGAUACUCCUGUCGCUGCAGAAGAGAGCCCCGCCGCAGUGGAGUUCAAGGAGCCUUCGGAAAUUCAUGAUGGUCAAGAGGUAAAUGGAAAUAUAUCAGAGAAAGAGAAGCAAAAUGGUUCUUUUUUGGAGGAAAGCAGCUUUUUGUCAGACAGUCCAUUGCAGAGUGGCUGUCGAAGCAAGGACAGAUUGGGGCAGGCUGUUCAGGGGCAGGUUGAUAAAGAGAGCCCAGGUAUGGACAGACAUGAUAGGGUCCAAGAGGACGUUCUGGACAAUGCGGCUCAGAGUGGUGAAGCAGAACUGGAAAGGCAUCAGGAUGGUGUUGGUAUUGAAGGUGAUGAAACAAGAAAGGAAACCCAUUCAGCAGAGGAGAAACGUAGUGAUGUCGAGAAUCAGUCAUACAGAGAAGGUGUAGAGCAGGUCCAACAAAUGGUGUGCCAGAGGAGUCAAGUACUGAAAUCUGCAGCAGCUGAGAAAGAUGGUCUGGAAUCUAAUCCCCCAGUUUCUGUGCCUGAGGACACAGGUGCAGAAGUGGUUGUCCAGAAGGAACUGUUUCCUGGAGUGCAAGUAAACACUGAAUAUUCUGAAGAGGAAGAAAAGGUCAAUGAGCUGAAAAAUGGAGUAGCUGAACUGGAUAUCGUGCUCAUAAAUGAACAACUAAAAGAGCUGGAGAAUUUACAAAUGGAACUGGAAACGUGGAAAGCAAAAUCAUUGUGUCCCAGUCAAGAAGCGUUUCCCAAUGCAACAACAGGAUCAAACAGAGCAGAGCUACAAACCCCAGAGCCCGUGGUGCCCUGCUGGGACAGGCUGCUUCAAGAACUAGAUGCUGUUAAGGCAGUGAAGCAACAACAGUACUGUUUAAUUAAUGAGUACCAGAAAAAUCUUUCUGCCGUGCGGUCCUCAAUGAAAAAUUUGUCAACAGAAAAAGAUAACAUAAAAAUGGGUCCUAUGAACAACACGGUUCUUCUGGAGAAAAUUAAGGCCUGUAUAGAGUCCUUACGAAAAGCAAAAGAUGUCUUAAACCAGUUGAAAACUCAGCAAGAAAGUUUAUCUCGGCAUUUAACGUGCAUGGAUAAAGUGUUAACCGAAAGCCAAAUGAGGCAACUGGAGCAAUGGUGGCAACACAUGGAACAAACAGUGCAAAAGAAACAUGAUCAGGUUGUGGCAGAAAUCGAUGAAUUUAAUCUGCUUAUGAGUAAAGCACAGGAUAUUCAGAGGCUGAUACAAGAACAGUAUUUACAAGCAGAGUCAUAUUCCUCAUCUGAAGGAGAAGCCAAAUACCCUGUACUUUGGACCACAGAGCUACAGGACAUUAAACAUGGUCUUUCCCUAUUAAAAAGAAGGAUUGAACUGCAGAUGAAAAGAAUUUGGAGUGAUCAAGAGAAGGUAGCUUUGGAGAACUCUAUACAUGAUUUGCAGAGCAAAUUGGAAGCAUUAUCAGCACAACAAGCUCCUCAAGAGGGUGUUCAGAUUACUGGUCCUGCUCUCAUCAAACACGAGAUGAUGAAGAGGCUGAAAGAAAAUAUCUCAUGGGUUAAAGAUUUGCUGUCCUCUCUUGAUCAGAAAGCAGCGCUUUUCCCCAGUGAUGUUAAAUCACAGAUCAGAAGUUGUCAGCUUAUGAGCACAGAAAUUGUAAACAGGGAGCCUGUGAUUGUGUCACUGGAUUAUGGGCUCCAGCACAUCGUUCCCAACUUGAAUCCGGAGGAGAUCUCCGAUAUGACCUUCCUUUUACAAACAUUGCAGAACUCCUACAAGGCUCUUGUUUUAAAAUCAGCUCAAAGAUUACAGCACCUCGAGCUCCAGCUGGAGGAGAGGCAAAGACUUAUUGCAGAAGUAGAAAAAGUUCACUGUCAGCUUCGAAAUGCUGAGAUGCUUGCUAGGCCUGACAGGAACCAAACCAGCACGUGGUCAGAAUUGAUCAAUCAACAAGCCAUUUUAAAGGAGAUUUUAAAGGACAUAAAGGAAAUAGAAGGGCUUAUUUCAUCCCACUGUAAAGAGAGUCAGGUCACAGCUGGGGAACUGAGCCUGUCUGAACAACUAUUUUUGAUUGAUCAGUUAAGAAGUCUGAAGAAUAGAGCAAGGAAGACACAGAGGCAAAUUCAGAGUAAACUUCAUGAAGUAGAAAAAAAGAUGUCUGUCUACAGAGAGUUUGCUGAAGGAAUAACUUCAUUGCAGCAAGAUCUUAACGAUCUACAGCACAGUGAAAUGAACCUCGAAGAAUUACUAGGUGCCAAGCAGGAAGUGAAGAAUAAAUGCAGAGCACUGAGAGAAAAACUAUUAGCUUUUCAGUCCAAUUUGUCACAAAUAAUCAAGUACAAAGAAAUCUUUGAAUGCGUAGGUCUAAAAUGGGACUCAAUGCAGCCAGAUGAAUUGCAAACUCAAUUUUUUAAAAUUAAAAAUAAAAUUAUAGGGAAGAUAAAACGCAUUGAUAAUGUUAUUAGGGAAUGGGAUGAGAUUCAAGCAUUGCUAAAUGAAAUCCAGACUGUGACAUCCACUGUAAGAAAAGAAGCUUACUUCCUGAAGGAUAGUUCUAGCUCUUCUCCUGCUGAGAAUCUUAUAUCUGCACAGAUUCUGUUGCAGACAGUUCAACAAAUCUUGUGCUUAACCCAGGAGGUAGAAAAUCAACUAAACAAAAAUGAGGUCUUUGAUACACCGUUCAAAGAAUCCAAGAGGAAAGAAAUCAAGAGCGUGGAAAAAGAUGUUGAGAAAUUGAAUCAGUUUCUUCUAAACUUGGUCUCUGGUCUCCAGUGUGUAAACAAGGAAGAUGUCCAGAAUGAAGUAGAACAUAUGUUCCACAUCAUAAAGCAUAUUCAAUUAGAACUCCAGCAACCGCUUGUGAUAGACAUGAAAAAUAUGCAGUAUGAAAAGAUGCGAUGGGAAGGAAUUCAGAAUAUGAUGCAAGGAAAGUUCUCUGAUAUUAAAUGUAUAAUGGAAAAAGAGAGGGAAAGCCAAGAAGAAAAAUCUCUUGUUCCUGGUAUAGAAGCAAAAUUAGAAACACUGCAAGAUCAUGAAAUACAACUGAAGACAGACAUUGCUGCCCGUGUUAGUGCUCUACAGGAGGCGUGUAAGACCCGUGAGCUUUAUGCCAAGGCUGUUCAGAGGGCUGCCGGGUUCCUGGAGGACUAUGAGGCUCAAGUCAAGUCUGCUGCAGCAGAGCUCGAUAGCUCAGAGGACAUCUGUCAGAUUCCACAAUGGAAACAAGAAGAGUUCAACUCUGUAAAGUCUAGCAUAGAAAACCUGUGCUCCAAGCUGAAAAACCUAGUGAAACCAGAAGACAAAAUAUGUCUGGAAGACACUUUAACGGAACUAGUCAAUAAGAGUGUGGCAUUAAGGGAGAAGGCUCAAAGAAAGGAAGCUGAUGAACAGAGGUAUUUUGAAAAAUACAAAAGCUACACAAAAACCAAAGAUAAGGUGUGUGAUAAUCUUAACAAUCUGGAAAAGAUGCUCAGCCAGUCUUUGUCUCAAAUACCAACAUCUUAUAAAGAAGCUUUGGAGCACUUAGAAGAAAGCAAGAUUUUAGUCUCCAACAUCGACUCAGCUGAAGAUGAUCUUGUGAAGCUGAGGCAGGUCUCUGGAGAGCUGAGGAGAUUACGCAAGGGAAGUGACAGGGCGCCGGGCAGGAUUGUCACAGUACUGUGGGAAAAUUGGCUGGGUCUGCUUGAGGCAGCGAAAGGGCUGGAAAUUAACUGUGAAGAACUAAAGCAGGAAUGGAAAUUCAUCAAUGAAGAGCUGGAACGAGAAACAAUAAUUCUCGAUAAGCUCCAGGAAGAACAGCCAGAAAGUCUUAAAGAGAAAGAAAAGGCCACCAGAGAGGAACUGUUAGAACUACUAGAUUUUGUGAACUCAUUUGAGGAGAACAUCAACCAGCAACAGCUCCUCUUGCUCUUACUUCUUCACCGAAUAAGAAACAUUCUGAAUACACCUGAAAAUACUGAAGCAGAAGCUGCCCUUCCCGCCUUAUGUGAGAUAAAGGCAAUGCAGGAGCGCUGUAAAAAGUUGUAUGAAAAAGCUCAAGACCAUAAGGAUUCUGUACAAGCUGAGAUUCAAGAGAGGAACAAGAUCACUGAAGAAAUAAGUGCCGUGACAAACGCGUUACAGAAUGCUGCAUCUGCGUUAUCGCAAGAUGCCACUGGAAAGGCAGGACAACUGGAGGAGGUUCAGAGUGUGGUUGGUAAAGAAAGUCAAACUCUAAAGGAUAUAAUGGAGAAACUCCGGAUCAAGUAUUCUGAAAUGUAUACAAUAGUUCCUGCAGAGAUUGAAACACAGUUGGAGGACUGCAAGAAAGUAUUGCAAGACCUAGAAGAAAAGGUUAGCUUUGAAAUCUUGCAGAGCUCUCCCCAGUACCUGCUGAAAAGAAAAGCAGAAACUAUUGACAAUGGCCUUCAAGCUAUUGAAAAGAUGUUACAACAGAAGAGCGAAAACAUUGCAAAAGCCAAAGAAGUUCAGAAGCAAAUCUGGGAUAUGCUGGACCUUUGGCACUACAAACUCAACGAGCUGGAUGCAGAGGUGCAUGAUAUAGUAGAGCAGGAUUCCUGCCACGCACAGGAGUUGAUGGAUAUCUUAGUGACCCCCCUUCAGCAGUACCAACAGGUCUCACAGCUCGCUGAGCGCAGAACUGCCAUUUUAAACAAGGCUGCCAACAAGAUGGAAGAAUAUGAUGAACUCUUGAAGAAUGUGAAAGUUUGGAUAGAAAACACCAACUGCUUGCUAGGAACACAUCCUCAAAAUGACUCUGCCAAAAGCUUACACAAGCAUACUGAUGACCUUCAAAUGGCUUUGGAAGACUCGGAGCAAAAGCAAAAUCUUCUACACAGUGUGUACUUGGAGCUGGAGGAGCUGACACCAAUCUUUGAAACAGACAGCGUAAUGCAGCAGCUAAAUGAAAUAGCUGAUCAAGUAGCAACUUUACAGCAUGAGAUCGCAGAGGUUCUUCCGCAGAUCCAGCAGGUGGCUGAUGAAUUGGAUGCCAUUGAAUCUCAUGUGAAAGUGUUGGAGAAGGACGUUGCCAAGAUGAAGACAAUCCUGUCAUCAGAAGAUCUGUUAGAAUUUUCUCCUAAAGACCAACUUAAACAUGGACAGGUUAUACUUGACCAUGUUGGUCCCAUGCAGAAGACCAUUGUUCAUAUACAGUCCUAUGAAGAAACACUUCAUCUGCCGGGGGUGGAAAUGCAACCUUUCCCAGUCUUCCAAAGAGCAAGACAACUCUUAAGAGAGAUGAAGAAAUUAGAAAAAAUUACUAAGGAACAAAAUGACCUACUGGAGGAAGCUGUAAAGAAAGUAGAAGAAUGCGAGCAAGAAAUUGAGAAGUUGAAACAAUUCUUAAAGAGCCACUUGGUUGAAAUAUCCCAUGAAGAUCAACCAGUGGCUCAGAAGACUCAUCGUCCAGAGGGAGAAAUGGAAGCUGUCAAAGAAGAAAUCAUAAAGCUGUGCCAACGAAAGGAAGAUAUCCUCACCGGGAUGAAGAAUUCAAUGUCUGAGCUUCACCAGCGCUUGCAGCAAGAAGUGCCUGAAUCAGGAGAUGAACCCACAGCCUCUGUCUUAGCACAAAGUGACUUGAUUGGGACUGAUGUUUCUGGUCAGCAGUUGAAAAAAAGAGGAAUGAUGUCUCUUCUACCUUCUUUAGAUGAAGAAUCAGAAGACUCUUCUUCCCACAGCAAGGGAAGUACAGCCACAGAGAAAGAUCUAAGCUUUUGGCCUUCAGAAAGAGGUGGUGAAAGGCACAAGGAAGACAGUGCAACCUCCUGGUCUUCUGGUACCUUGUCAGAUGGCAUCGUUCAGGAUGUUGAUGAGAUAAUGCAGUCACACAGUACACAUGAUAAGGAAACAUCUAUGCGACCUUUGCAGAGCACUGAAGACCCUGGCAGAGGUGACAGCAGUCGAGCCAUGAGUGACACGCUGCCUCCCGAAGCGGUGGAUGGUGGGAGGCCUGAGCCAGAAACGAUCCUCCAGGCGUGCCAGGCCCAGGUUGCUGAGCUGGAAGAAUGCCUAGACAAAACUAAAGUGUCCUUGGGGUCAGACCCCCAGACCCCCAAAAUGCAGCAGAUGGUGGAACAGAAGCUGGCCGAUUGCGAGGUGGUGUUGUCAGAGAUUGAACAGAAUGUCCUUUCUUUAUGGAAAGACUGUGGAGGUAGUGCACAGUACCAACAAGAGACAGAGGCGCUUUCCUUGAAGCUGAAGGAAGUGAAGUGCAAUUUGGAAAAAGUCCAGGCGAUGCUUCAAGACAGAUACAGUGAAGAGCAGAGUCACAACAGGAACAGAAUCGACCCAGAGCCCCUUGAGGUUUUACACCCAAAUGACUCCAGCGUGCCCCAGCCGCUCGUUCGGCACAACAGUUGCCAGCACCCACAGGAUCUGAAAGCAAAAGCAGCAGAGCAGAAAAGCCUCAUGGACUUCAUUGAGUCGUGCGUGGAAAAAAUGCAGCCGCAGUUUGAAGACAGCGUGACUCAGAAAUUGGAAUCAAGCAAUGGAGAAUCUGAUCCAAAGAGCAAGCAGGCUGAUCCUACCUUAACUCCAAAGGACCAAACGGGUAAUAAAUGGCAAUAUUUACAGGAAGAGCUGUCAUCGAAGAUGAAGUCUCCUCUCUGCCAGAUUGUGGAACCUCAGAUUACAACAAAGGUGAACGUGCUGCCCCGAGGCGCGUUCGCUAGUGCAGGAACCCCAACUGUGGAAGAACUGAAAACUUUCACCGUCCAGCUGGGAGACCUUAGCCAAGAAGCAAAUGCGAUGCAUGCACAGGAUAAUGUGGCAGAGGAAGUCUCUUCCAAUUUGGACAGAAAAUUGUUUGAGCUGCUUCUGGCAAUCAGCCGAUGUUUGAAUAACAUGGAGGAGAUGUUAAACACCUCAGUCCUCUCCACUGAAGAGGCAGCAGUGCAGCAAGCUCUUUAUGAGACUCUUUCUGUUGAGCUGCAAAAACUUCAUGCUGACCUGAGUGAUAGAAAGGAUGACCUUCUAAAGUCUAUUAGCUGCGCUGGUGGGAGCACAGAUGUGUUCUGCGAGUGCUUUAACAACUUGCAGGCACGGCUGGAACAAACUCAGGCUGCCACGGCUUCAAGGAGCAGCUCUGUGAAAGCUGGGCUGGAUCAUAAUAGCAAUUAUCAGAAUGAAACCAGGCGGCUCUAUGAUGAGUUAACUGAGAAAAAAGCUGCUCUGCAACAGUGCUUGAAUGGAAUACGUGGACAUAAUAUUUCUGAACAGCUUCAGAAAACUGAUGCCUGUGCUUUGGAGCUGCAAAACUUUGAAAACCAAGUAGCAAGACUGAGAGGCCAUGGGGAAACAUUUCAGUUACCUGUCACCUUAAUCCAUGAAGCUUAUAAAUUAGAGGAUGUUCUGGAUGACAUGUGGGGGAUUCUCAAAGCGAAGUACGCGGAGCUGCACUCUCCUUCCAUCAGUGAGAGCCAGUAUGAGGACUUACUUCAUGGAUUUGCAGAGCUGAUAGCUAUUGGACGAGAGAAGAUUGCACAAGAUCCAAAGCAGCUAACAAAAAGCAGAGCAGCUCUACAGUCUUACCUGGAAAAUCACAAGGACUUUUUCCACAACCUCAUGAACCGCAUGGCUUUCAUGCAAGUGUUUUCCGAGAAGGUGACUCCCUGCAUCCUACAAAAGAGAGAGGAAUUCUGGAGAGAGCUGGUGAAUGAAGUCAAGUUAUUGGAGCAGAAGGCCCGCCAGUAUGGUAUACACUUAGAGACCCUCUUAAAGGAAUGGACAGAAUUUGAUGAUGAAUGCGGAGUUUUCAAUAAGGAGUUAGAGGCGCUUGCCUCUACAUUGCCUUCUGUGAAUUUGGUUGAAGAAACAGAAGAAAGAUUAAUGGAAAGGAUUGCACUUCUGCAGCAAAUCAAAAGCAGUGUUGAUGAAAAGCACGCCAGGCUGUACCAGCUGGUGAAAGAAGGGAAGAAAUUGCUGACUGCUGUGAGCUCCCCAGAAAUGAGAAGCCAGAUUAGGAAGCUGGAAGAGCGAUGGUUGUCUUUAAACAAAAGAGUUGGCCAUGAACUACAGCGACUUCAGACGUUACUCAGACUCUUGGUCAGCUACAACAGAGACUCAGAGGAAUUAAUGAAAUGGCUGGAUUCUGCUCAGCAGAGAAUGAAUUUUUGGAAGGAGCAGUCCCUCAAUGUGUCACAAGAUCUUCCUACCAUCAGGGAUAACAUCAACAGCUUGUUUGCAUUCUCUAAGGAAGCUGAUGAAAAAUCUUCCCUGAAGUCAUCCGUGGUGAGCACUGCCAACCAGCUCUUUCACGUGAAGCAAGCUGAUACUGCGGCACUUAGGUCAUCUUUGGCAAAGUUUGAGCAAAAAUGGGGAGAACUGAUUACACAGCUCCCAGCCAUCCAAGAAAAGCUUCACCAGCUUCAGAUGGAAAAGCUUUCAUCGCGGGAAGCUAUUGCUGAACUAAUGACCUGGCUGGACCAUGUGGAACAACAGCAGGGACAUGAGGAGCCACUAAAUUCACAAAGUAGUGCUGCCCAAGUCAGAAGCCGCCUUCAGAGUUGCAAGGAAUAUAAAAUGGAAAUGAACUUUAAACAGUGGAUGGUAGAUUUUGUUAACCAGUCGCUCUUGCAGAUGAGCACUUGUGAUGUGGAAAGCAAGCGGUAUGAAAGGACAGAAUUCGCCGAGUGUCUUGGAGAGAUGAACCUGCGAUGGCACAGGCUGCAGGCUUCUCUGAACAGAAAGAUACAAGACCUGGAGCAGCUUUUGGAGGAUAUUACUGAAAAGGAGAACAAAGCACAGACUCUGCGCAGCUGGCUGGAAGCUCAGAGUGGUCGACUGAGAUCUUUACAAACCCCAGCAAGUCUGAUCUCUGCACAGAACACAUUAGAUGAUUGCAAGGAGCUAGAAAAUGAACUCGCAACUAAAUCCAAAACCCUUGAUGAACUCAAGCAGAGUUUGGCAUUGAAUGGCAGCACAGAACAAACCCCAGAAGCUGUGUCACUCGGGACAGCUGAGCUUUGUGAAAUGAUGGACAGCAUUGUAAGCCAGGUUGCACAGUUAAAGGCCUCGAUGCAGUCAAUACUGGAGCAGUGGAGAGUAUACGAUGAAGCUUAUGCAGAAGUUAGCCUGAUGACGACAAGAUAUUUGUACUGCACAGACCAGUGCAAACGUUCUGUGGUGUCACUGGAAGCUUUGGAAAACCAGGUCAAAACUCUCCAGUCUCUUCAAGAUGAGUUGGAGAACGCUGAAGAAAGUUGGGCCAAGCUCCAGACUGCUGCCAGUAACCUGAAGAAUAACUGUUCCCCCUCCUUUGCCGAGAUUAUUGAACACAAGUGCACGGAGGCACACACUAGGUGGAACUCAGUAAAUGAAGACAUCACGGAUCAAUUACGGGCACAACAAGCAACCCUGCAGCUUUGGGAGCGCUUCAAUACUUCAUGCACUGAGGCAGCAGCCAAGUUAGAACAGCACAAAGAGCAGUGCACUCAGCUCUUGGAUGCUCACAUGCCUGAGGAUAACAUGGUAGAAACCCUGGAGCAGAGGAUACAGGAUAUAAAGAAUUUACAACGUGGCCUUUAUAAGUUAGUGGGAUGCCAUGCCCGGAUUGCUCUGCUGGCUGACCGGAUAAACCAGCAGGCUGGGACAGCUGCACAAGACGUUCUGUUGGAGAAGCUGCAGCCGCUCGAUAGAGUAUUCUAUUUGGACAAGAUGUUGCAGGGGAAGUUAGAUGAACUUGAGUUCAAUCUUUUACAACUGGAGGAUUUCCAGAACUGCCUUGAAACGCUGGAAGGUCAUGUCAAGAAUUGCACAGAUGCCUUCGAUAGUCUCUGUCUAGAGGGAGAAACAGACAGCUCAGAAUUGCUCCUGAACCACACGCUGGAGCUUGCUGCUCUUUCUCCAAGCGUAGAGAGUCUGAAUGAAGCGAGCAUUAAGCUGCCCCUCAGCGACUUCACCUUGAAGAAAAUGCAGAGCCUGACUCGGCAGUGGAGUCAGAAAACAGCGACUGCUCUCGAACGCUGCAGCGCGCUUGAAGGAACUCAAAAUGAUGAAAAGAAAUUCUUUCAGAAAUGUGAAAGCUGGAUGAAAUUCCUAGAAAAACUGACAGAGACCUUAAAAACAAAUAUUCCAGGACGUUUUGAAGAACUGCAGGAGCAACAGAGAGUGUAUGAGAUGCUGCAAACAGAGAUUUGCAUAAAUCAGCAGACGUUUAAUUCUCUCAUAUCCAAAGUUCUACUCUCCUUGGAGUCCGGAGAAGCAGAGAAAAGAACAGAGUUUAUUUCCAAGUUCACACUGCUGAAGGAGCAGUGGCAGAAUGUUAUCCGGAUGGUUCAGCAGAAGAAGAAAGAUAUCGAUGGACUUGUGAGCCAGUGGCAGCUCUUCAGGAGUUCCUUGCAGAGUCUCAGCAGAUUUCUUGCUGAUACAAACAACUUCAUCACAGUUGUGAAGAGCAAGGACUGCUGUAGCCCUUACCAGCUUAGAAAUCUAAUUCAUGAUGUCAAGAGUAAGGCAGUGAUUCUUCAGAGGUGGCAAGCCAUGUACUCCCUAGUCAUCGACGUCGGGGAGAAGUUACGUAUUGUCUCUGAUGCCGAGACCAGCGCUGUUCUCCAGGAGGAGCUCAGCCAGUUACAGCAGAGUUGGGGGCACACCCAGGCCCUGCUGGAGAAGGAGAAGACGCACCUCAGCAGCACCCUAGAGAGUUGGGACUCCUAUGAAAAGCAAAUCAAGGAAUUAGCGAGCAGGCUGCCAGAGCUGAAGGAGAAAGUAAAAGAUCCACUUCCAGUAGAACACGAAGAGCUCUACAGAGUCAAGGAACACAUUAAGGAGCUGGAGCAGUCGCUGGCAGACUGGGCCCGGGACAUGAAGGAUGUGCGGGACAUGAAGGCGUGGUUGGCUUACGGCAUCCUCGCCGAGGACGUGAUGGUGGUCGAGGAGCAAGCUGAACACCUGCACAAGCAGUGGGAAGAGCUCUGCUUAAGAGUGUCUCAGCGUAAGCAGGAGAUCGAGGACAGGCUCAAUGCCUGGAUUGUGUUCAAUGAAAAGAACAAGGAGCUGUGCUCCUGGCUGGUACAAAUGGAAAGCCAAGUGUUCCAGACUGCAGACGUUAGCAUUGAAGACAUGAUCGACAAAUUGCAGAAGGAUUACAUGGAAGAAAUAAACCUGUUUAGUGAAAAUAAGCUUCACUUGAAACAAAUGGGCGAUGAGCUGAUGAAGGCUAGCAACAGGAGCCGAGUUGCAGAAAUAGAUGAUAAACUCAACAAAAUCAAUGAUCGCUGGCAGCAUCUCUUUGAUGUCAUUGGAGCACGGGUGAAGAAACUGAAGGAAACGCUUUCUUUUAUUCAACUGCUGGACAAAAACAUGAGUAACCUUCGCACCUGGUUGGCCCAGAUUGAGUCUGAGCUUUCCAAACCUGUCGUUUAUGAUGUCUGUGAUGACCAAGAAAUCCAGAAGAGACUGGCAGAACAGCAGGAUCUGCAAAGAGACAUAGAGCAGCACACCGCGGGAGUGGAAUCCGUGUUCAAUAUCUGUGAAGUCCUGCUCCACGAUUCGGACGCGUGUGCUAAUGAGACAGAGUGUGACUCCAUCCAGCAGACCACCAGGAGUUUGGACAGACAGUGGAGAAACAUUUGUGCCAUGUCUAUGGAAAGGAGAAUGAAAAUCGAGGAAACCUGGCGCCUGUGGCAAAGGUUUUUGGACGACUAUUCAAGCUUUGAAGAUUGGCUAAAAUCCUCUGAAUGGAUAGCAGCUAAGCCUUUUUCUUCCGAGGUUUUGUACACGCACGCAAAGGAGGAGCUGAAGAAAUUUGAGGCGUUCCAGCUUCAUGUCCAUGAACGACUGACUCAGUUGGAGCUGAUCAAUAAGCAGUACCGGCGCCUUGCCCGAGAGAACCGCACCGACUCAGCCAGCAAGUUGAAGCAGAUGGUACAUGAAGGCAACCAGCGCUGGGAUAAUCUCCAGAAACGAGUGGCUGCUAUUCUGAGGAGACUCAAGCACUUCACCAAUCGGAGAGAUGAGUUUGAGGGGACCAGGGAAAGCAUCCUUGUUUGGCUCACAGAAAUGGACCUCCAGCUGACAAACGUGGAGCACUUCUCGAAAAGUAACUUUGAUGACAAAAUGCGCCAGUUAAAUGGUUUCCAGCAGGAAAUAACAUUAAACACCAAUAAGAUUGAUCAGCUAAUCGUUUUUGGGGAGCAGUUGAUUCAGAAGAGUGAGCCUUUGGAUGCUACUGUGAUUGAAGGCGAAUUGCAAGAACUUCAUCGAUACUGUCAGGAAGUGUUUGGGCGAGUGGCCCGGUUCCAUCAAAGACUGACUGCAAGACAUCCUGGAUCAGACGAUGAAGAGGAGACCUCUGAAAGUGAGACAGAUCCAGAAGACUCCAGAGAAAUCCAGAAUGAUCCCUGGCAUAAGAAGGCCAUCAGCGAGGGGCCCUCUUCACCGCAGUCCCUUUGCCACCUUAUGCCCCCUACUCAAGGUCAUGAAAGAUCAGGCUGUGAAACCCCUAUCAGUGUUGACUCCAUCCCACUUGAGUGGGAUCACACAGGUGACGUGGGAGGUUCUUCCUCUCACGAAGAUGAAGACGAAGCAACAUACUACAGUGCUUUGUCAGGAAAGUCCGUUUCAGAAGCUCAUCCUUGGCGUUCUCCGGAUAGCCCAGUCUGCCGGAAACACCGAUACAACCAGGCAGAGGUGGUUGGAAAUGUCUUGUCUGAUCCAGAGACAAGUACUCCCUAUAAGCCAGACUAUGUGAAGCAGCUCAGCUCUGCAAGCAGCGGCAGCAUCAACAAGGAUAAAACUACAUCUGCUAACACGAGUGAUGAGGAACCCCAGGGUGACCAAGAGCUUGUGAAUGUAGCAGCUGCAGAGGAGCAGUCAGGCAUUAUUGAUAGGUGGGAGCUCAUCCAAGCUCAAGACCUCAGAAAUAAACCUAGGAUGAAACAGAAGUUGCAGCCGUGGCAGCAACUGAACUCAGACCUCAGCGACCUCUCUGCUUGGCUUGAUAAAACUGAGGGAGAGCUGGAAGAGCUGCGAAAAGUGAAACCAACCAGUGUGCAGGCGUUGGAAGAAAAGGUCCAGAAAUUGAAACAACUGGAGAAGGAGCUGCUGAAACAACAGCCUAAAGUGAACUCACUUCAAGAACUCACUGGUUACCUGCUGCUUAAAUCAGACGGUGAUUACAUUGAAGCUGGUGAGAAGGUCCAUGGAAUUGGAUGCAAACUGAAACAGCUUAAUAAACAAGUUUCACAUGAGUUAAAAACAAUACAAGGAAAUCUGGGUACCGGAGCGUGCCUGCUACUUCCAGAUGACUUUGACUCAGGAGUCUAUAAUCCAGGCAUAGUGAAAUCUAGCCCUGCUGUGAAGAAGAUCACCGUAAGGAGAACUGCAGAUGGCAAAACCAGCAGCAGCACAAGAGCUGAAAGCCAUCCCCAACCUGUUCAAGCAAUUCCUCGGUCCCCUUCUUUCUUUUACCGUGUAUUACGAGCAGCUUUACCUCUUCAGUUGUUCUUUCUCCUGCUGUUGCUCCUGGCUUGCAUGGUUCCAUUUUCUGAGGAAGACUACAGUUGCACCCGGAGAAACAACUUUGCCCAUUCUUUCCAUCCCAUGCUGCGAUACAUCAAUGGGCCUCCCCCAACCUAGAAGGCAACCUCACGUUUAUAGCCUCAUUUCCCUGUUGCAGGGCAUGUGUUCAGUUUCACAUCUUAAAAUAUGUAUCUUGACAAAUUUUCAGCAUUUUUGUAUGGAAAACAAACUUUUUCUAUAGAUUUUUAAAUUGUAAGCAACACACUUUAUACUUUGAGGCAAUAGAUUACACUAUUUUGUAGGCACAGCACUCUUAAGCUUGGGAGGUGUUGAGAUGCAGAAACUACAUCACAGCCAUCUUAAACACAGCAGUCUGUCUUGGCAAAGUGGCUUUUUUUGCCACGCUAACCCUAAAAUGAUGACUGCGCACACUUCACAUUACCUGUAUCUUUUGGUACCUUAGUCACUUGAUGGGAAAGAUAAAAAAUAAAUCUCCAUCUCUUUGAAUCUUUGGUAUUGUGUUUUACACAUCUAGCACGUUCAGCAAAAGGAUGCACAUUUGGUUUUGGUUCACAUAUAGUGUUCUAGCGGCUAGGACUGCUGUGUUGUCUUUUUAUACUACCUUUGAAAUGAGAAAUUGUUGCAUGGAAAUGGUUUAUAAUGCACAUAUUUUCUAGAUGAACAUGAUUAUGUAGACUAUCCCUGAUGUAUACAAAUAAUAUAAUGACUUUUUUAAUGAAAGAUUUUUUUGGUUUUUAACCUGCUGAAUAGUGUACAGUAUCUUGGGAGAGAAUUGUGCAUUUUUAUAAGCUUCAUCUUUGAAAUGAAACUGACACUUGGGCAAUGGCUGGAGAAACACUGUGUACAGUCUGCGUGGCCAUUGCUUCUCAGUUGUACAGUUUGAGUACUGUCAUUAAAAUUUUGCCAAUGUC